CUGAGCUUUGACCAGAUGGCAGUAACAUUUGAAGAUGUGACUGUUAUUUUUACUUGGGAGGAGUGGAAAUUCCUGAGUUCUUCUCAAAAGAAGCUCUACAGGGAGGUCAUGUGGGAAAACUACACAAAUGUCAUGUCACUAGGAAAGAGGGAUGAGAGCUACAAACUCCAAGAAGAAAGAUUCAGACAAUUAGAACAUGACAAUCUUUCCUACUGGCAAGGCUGGAGGAAUGCCAGCACCCAGAUCCAUGAAAAUCAGAAUUAUGUGGAAACUGUUCAAAAGGUAGAUUCCAAGGACCUAAUACAGCAAGACCUUUCCCGCUGUCGAGAAUGGUUCAUAAUCUCUACACAAGUACCAAGAUGUAAGAACUAUGAACUGACUUUUGAAGGCAAAAAUUUCAGGAGCUUUAAAUAUAAGAAGUUUAUACCUUGGCAGUCCCUAGAAACAGAACACACUCAAGAUUAUGGAAGAGAAAUUUACAUGAGUGAGUUACUUGGUUUUCAAGGCAACAGCUACCAUCUUUCCAUAUCCAGGAAAAAUCUCUCUGUGGAAAAAGAACAGAAGCUCAUUGUUCAUCAUUCAUACGUCCCUAUAGGAAAAGCCCUUCCAGAGUUCAUUGGUGAGAUAUGCCAAAAUGACCUGCUGAAAGACUCUAUGGAAGAGAGAUACUGUGGAUGUAGUAAAUGUAAAGAAAUUUAUUGCUGGAACUCACAGUGUGUUCUCCACAACAGAAAUCUAUUUGGAGAAAAGCUCUAUCAAUGUUCCAUCAGCACAGCAUGCUUUUCUCAGAGAUCAGACUUGUAUAGACAUCCAAAAUUCCACAUAAGUAAACAUCUGUAUGGAUGUGAUGAAGUUGACAGUCACUUUAGACAGAGCUCAGGUAUUCACUGUCACCAGACAGUGCAUACAGGGAAGGUACCUUAUAUAUGUAAUGUGUGUGGUAAGAGCUUCUGUCAGAUCUCUAGUCUUCACGGUCAUCAAAGAGUCCACGCAGAAGAGAAACUGUGUAAAUUUGAGUGUGGUAAGGAUCUGAGUAGAAAUUCAUUACUUCACAUUCACCAGAGAUUUCACAUAGGAGAUAAACCUUUUAAGUGUGAUCAGUGUGGUAAGAGUUUCAGUCGGAGUUCAGUGCUUCAUGUUCAUCAGAGAGUCCACACAGGAGAGAAACCAUAUAAGUGUGAUGAAUGUGGUAAGGGCUUCAGUCAGAGUUCAAAUCUUCGAAUUCAUCAGUUAGUUCACACAGGAGAGAAGUCCUAUAAAUGUGACGACUGUGGUAAGGGUUUUACCCAGCGCUCAAAUCUUCAAAUUCAUCAGAGAGUGCAUACAGGAGAGAAGCCAUAUAAAUGUGAUGACUGUGGAAAGGACUUCAGUCACAGCUCAGAUCUUCGUAUUCAUCAGAGGGUCCAUACAGGGGAAAAACCCUAUAUUUGUCAUGAAUGUGGUAAGGGCUUCAGCAAGAGUUCAAAGCUUCACACUCAUCAAAGAGUACAUACUGGAGAGAAGCCCUAUAAAUGUGAACAGUGUGGUAAGGGAUUCAGUCAGCGUUCACAUCUUCUCAUUCAUCAGAGAGUCCACACAGGAGAAAAACCCUAUAAAUGUGAUGAUUGUGGAAAGGGCUUUAGUCACAGUUCAAAUCUUCACAUUCAUCAGAGAGUCCAUACAGGAGAGAAGCCUUAUCAAUGUGCUAAGUGUGGUAAGGGUUUCAGUCACAGCUCAGCUCUUCGAAUUCAUCAGAGAGUCCACACAGGAGAGAAGCCUCAUAAAUACCAUGAGUACUAUAAGAAAUGUGAUCAAAAUUCACAUCUUCACAAUCAUCACAGAAUAGAAACCUUGUAAUUUUGUUUAUUUAGUUAACAGCUUUAAUCAAAGCUUAAACUUUAAACCAAAAAAGUGCUGCUGGGAAGGAAAUCUUGUAAGUAACCCAAAUAAUCCCACUUGACAUUUGUAGUUUUCUCUAAUUCCCAUUAAAUCAUUUGCUUUAAGACAAGAUCCUUAGGAGGAUUCCUGUAUAUUUAAAAUUAAAGUGUAUUUUCUUUUUCUAUUAUAAUCCAUAGUUGUUAUAAAAUAUAUAAAAGAAUAAAGGAGAAAAGUCUUGUUUCAUUCUAUUCUUCUGCAUUUUAACGUGCUUGAACUCAUACUGUAUGUUCAACUUUGCAUUUUCACUGACCUCAAAACAUUUUCUUAAAAUUUGGUUUGAAUUGAAACUGGCUAGCCAUUUCUGAAACAGCAUCUCUGGACUCCCUGAUAAAGUCUAAAAAGCCACAGAGAAAGAUGAAUACACAACUUGAAAUUCAAACUC